GAAAAAUAUAUUCCAAACCCUCAAAAAGAGUUCUGUUGUGCAUGGGAGAUUUCACGUCCACGGCGGCAUCAUGGCUCCAGACGUUGGUAGUGUCCAGUGCCGCGCUGGCCGUUGGACUCCUCGGGAUCCUCUAUGUGUACCAGGAGAAGCUUCUCUACUUUCCUAGCAUGCCGGGUGUGUCUAGGUUGACCACGGAGAACCCCGAAGGAUACCGCCACCCCAACGAGUACGGGAUCGACUAUGAAGAUGUGUUCAUUCCAUGUGCGGACGGGAUCAAGAUCCAUGCAUGGCUCAUGAAACAGCCGCAGCCCACCACCGUGCCCACAAUUGUCUUCUUUCACGGCAAUGCUGGCAGUUCGUCCAUCUCUCUCGUGCUCCACCAGUUCCCCUUCAUCCUUCUCAUCCACCCUCCUCGUAGACAUCGGAUACCGUCUCCCAAACGCCGCCAAGAUGUAUCGCCAUUUGGAAUGCAACAUCUUGCUGGUCGACUACCGUGGGUUUGGUAUGAGCGACGGUGAACCUACUGAGCGCGGGUUACAGCUUGAUGCCGAGGGGGUCGUGGACUACUUGCACUCGCGCGGCGCGUCGUCCGUCGUCGAUCCGUCCAAGCUCAUCGUGUUUGGGCGGUCUCUCGGCGGCGCCGUCGCCGUCUACGUCGCGAGUACUCGUCCCACGAAGGUCGCGGGGCUGAUCGUCGAAAACACGUUCUUGUCCAUCUCGGCCAUGGUGGACCAGGUCAUGCCGUGGCUGUCAUAUGUCAAGCCCGUGGUGCUCCGUCUGGACUGGAGCAACGAAGGCCGGAUACCGACGCUGACGCACCCGAUUCUGUUCGUUGCUGGCGAACGCGACGAACUCGUGCCCCACACCCACAUGCAGAAACUCCAUGCGCUCGCCACCAAGAGCAUUCGGCGCCAGUGGCUGCCGAUCCCGCGCGGCACGCACAACGACAGCUGGAUGCGAGGGGGCCUCGACUACUUUUUCGCACUCAAGCGAUUCAUCGACAGUGCCGUGGGCGAGUCGACACCACCAUCGAGCGACACGGCCAACACAUCAGAGCGUCAUCAAGAGGAUGGGGCCUCGAUCGUGUCGAGCGACGAAGCGGACGACGGUUUGGACCACAGUCACAUCCCCAACAUGCUCGACCAACACUCGCUGCUGUUUCAACGGCCGGGCAAAAUCCACCACGACGAAAUGUGAUACAGUGUAGAUGGAUAUAUUGUGGAUUUUUCGGUUACAAAUGUCCAGACCCCGUUGAAUCGAAUCGGCGCUAUUGGCUGAUCCAACCAAUUUGGGUGGAUUUGAUUGGCUCUUACAGAAAGGUCAAGUAUAAUCAGUCAAUCAGAACUCCAGCGUGAUUCAAUUUUGAGUAGACAAAUGGAAGUUUAAAGCUACUACGUAGUAAUUCACAAUAAUUGCUACCACAA